GGUGAGGUGGUGGAAUUUCUUUGUAAAAAUGGGGUUUCUUUCCGCAUACUUGGUCGUCGAUUUUUUGGCAUUAUUAAUCGCCAUUAUCUUCAGCACGUACUUCUACAUGAAAUAUGUAGUCUACAACUACUGGAGUUCGAGAAACAUUGAUUACGUCAAGCCGAUAUUUCCUCUCGGCAACUUGGGACCCGUCUUUGCCGGGCGGCGAUCAAUCGGUGAAGUCUUCCACGAUGCCUACUCGAAGUUCAAAGGAAGCCCGGUCGUCGGUCUCUACAUGUUUCACAGGCCGAGCCUCGUUAUCAACGACCCGGACCUGAUACGCCUUGUGCUGACAAAGGCCUUCGGGCACUUCAUGAUCGUGGUUUACACUCCAAUGAGAAGGUUGACCCCUUGUCGCUGCACUUGUUUGUUGUGCCUGGCGAAAAGUGGAAAUACUUAAGGACCAAGUUCACCCCUACUUUCACUGCGAGUAAAAUGAAGCAGAUGUUUUUCACGAUCAAAGAAUGUUCCGAGACACUGGCCGUGUACGUCGAAAGAAAAGCCAAGAAUUCCGAAUUGGUACAGGUCAAGGAUCU